AUGGCGCCCGGCCACGCAAAGCGCUCCGCCGUCGGCAACGCCCGGAGAGCAAAUCGAAGAGCGGACCGCGAUGGCGACGUGAAGAUGGGCGCCGAGCCUAAACGAUCCAGCCGUAUCGAGAAGAAAUCCACUGCUGCGAAAGACACUACUUCCGGUGCUUCUGGACGUACUUCCACAACGUCAGCUCGGAGACCCGGAGCACGUGGACCUCGCGCGGACCUUACCAAUGGUCGCAUUCAGCAGCGAAUCGCACGGGCCUCGGCCAACGGCGAUGUGAACAUGAAGGGAGGAGCGGCGUCGAGGCCCCCAAAGAUGGGCGGCUUGGUGGAGUUCAAGAUUACCGGGUGGGCACACAGCGCAGCUUCAAAUGCAGACGACCGCGGUAAGAGCGCGUUCGAGAAGUGGUUGGAGAGCAAGAUGCGGAGAAAGCUGGAGACGCACUCCAAUGGAGUGGGCAAGAUUAAGAAGUCACGGGAGGACGGCGAUAUACUAUACGUCAGCGUCGGACAGGCCGAAGCCCGCUCGCUGGAGCGUAUGAAUGGCUACCAGUGGGCAAAGACGACCAUCCACAUCGAGCGUGUUGGCGGACCCGUCCAGGGCACAUCGUCGCAGGCAGAGGAGACAAAGGCCAUGCUGCAGGAGGUCCUCGAACGCCGGUACCAAGCCGAACUCAAGCUUUUGGAUCUUUCAGCUCUUCCACAUGAUCCCGAGCUCCAGGCUCACCAAAUCUUCGAAACAGAAUCCACCGCAAGCAAGAUCUUCCCGGCCAUGAUGUCAGUCUUGGACAAGGCAUUCGAGAAGCCCGAGGACAAGCACGCCAUGUUCGACAGUGUCUCGCUGGCAAACAAUCAGCUAAACGACCUCAAGGUGGUCACUUCACUGUCCGCUACGCUACCGCGAAUCAAGAAUCUGGACCUUUCGAACAACAACUUCCGAACCAUAGCAGACCUCGCGCUCUGGAAGAAGCGAUUCCCCAGCCUCCAGCAUCUGGUCGUCGCGGGCAAUCCACUGGAGCAAAACGAGCCAAACUUCGCCGCCGAAUUCCUUCAGUGGUACCCAAACCUCAUGUUCAUCAAUGGAACGCAAGUUCGCACCGAAGAGGACAUUAGGAACAAGACGAACAUCACGAACCUCGCGUUCCCGAUUCGCAGCGCCGUUUUCAACGAUGAAGGAGGCAUCGGCGAGACCUUCAUCCGCAAUCUUAUUGUUGGUCUAGACACCGACCGACAGGGCCUCGCGCAAUUCUACUACGACAAUGACUCCACCUUCUCAUACGCCGUCAAUGUGUCGGCACCGCGCGACCCAUCAUCAGACGCGCAGAAAGAAUCAGGCGAGUGGAGCGACUACAUCAAAAGCAGUCUCAACCUGAAGAAGAUCGGCCAGAUGCCAGCUCGCGCUGCAAGAUGCUUUCGCGGCGCCGAACAGGUAGGCGCGAUACUCACGGCGCUACCAAAAUCCAAACACCCCGAUUUCGCAGACGUCAGUAAGUGGCUCAUCGAGGCCCACGUCCAGACACAACUACCUGACCCCACUGGUCAGAGCCCACUCGGUGUCAACGGCCUCAAGAUCGAUAUUCACGGCGAGUUCGAAGAAGUCGACGAUAACGGUCAACCCAAGAACAAGAAGCGCAGCGUCGAUCACUGCAUCUUGCUCGGCCCUGCGCUCCCAGGCAGCGCGGCGCCGGUACGCGUGGUCAACCACAUGAUGACGAUCCGGACAUAUGGAGGAACGCAGGCUUUGAGCCCAAACUGA